AUGGCAUCUAAAUCUGACCGAGUAAGCGAAUAUUCAUCUGUCUGUGAAUGGUGAAAUAAAACAAUUAUUGGUACAUUCUCAAUAUAUAAGCAACCAAAAUAGGUUUGGGUUAGGAUGGGGUUAGGAUAGUCAGUUUAUUUACUAUAUCCGUAUUUAAGUUGUUGAUAUAUCGAGAAAGCACUCAAUUAUUGAAAAAUAUUCUAAAUCAAUGAUUGUAUUGUGGUUUUUUUUGUAUAUAUUUAUAGUGCAGUCUUGGUAUCAGUUUCUCCAACUCCAAUGUGGCAAGUGAGAUUGCACAGCUGCUCCAAGUAAAUCAAAAGAAAUACAUUCCAAACUGCACUAUUUCUGAUGAAAAGAUCAUUUUAGAAACUGUGCCACUGCAUGGGGACCAACUAUUUGAAGAGAGGGCAAGGAAUACAAAAUGGACCUAUCAGGAUGUUGAUAAUGCCUGGGAUCGAAUUGAUGGAAUUUCUACCGAGUUUGCAGAUUGGCAUGCAAAACUUAACUUGUUCAUGGUUAGUUGUCAUAAAUACAAAGCUACUAUAUUUGUUUAUGUUUAGUGAGAGCCUGAGAGGUAGGAUUAUGGUAUUUAAAGUUUAUCUGAAAAAAGCCUUUAACUAUGUACCACCAUGGCUGUGCAUUUAUCUUCAUGACCAAAUGUAAUUGCCAUUAGUGCCAAGUGUUUACCGUACUCUUUACAACAUUGGUGUAUUAUCUAGUAACACAAAUGGAUGGUUAUAUAUAGUUGACUGGUUAACCUACUUAGUGUAGAGUUAGCAUUUUUUUCAGAGAUUGAACCAUAAUCGAUAGGUAAAAUUGUGUGGCUUAUUAGCAAUGCAAAUUAUCCUUAUUUAGGUUGAGUUUGACACAUUCACUAAUCACUCUUCAGUAUCUGAGAUUGGCACUUCCCGAGCUAGCAUGAACAGAUCGAACAAGACAAAUGCAAGUAAAGGUGUUGAAAAUCAUUACAAUGAGUAUAAAGAUUUCCAUCGAUGUGAAGUGGAGGCACAUAUAUGUGCAUCAUUCAUGAAAAUGUCUGAGAUGUCAAAUAUGGAUG